AUGGGCUCCAAAUACGAGCUAGCGCCGCUCACCCUGUGGUCAAACAAUGUACGAGGCCUGAACGUCCCUGAGAAGCGAACCCAAAUACUCCAUGCCCUAUCGGCGGAGCGCGUCUCAGUGGCGUUCCUGCAGGAAACGCACCUUAAAGGCGCAGAUCCCCCCUCCUUGAAAAAC